AGGGACGAAUAUUGAAUACGAGUACUCUAGAGAGGUGCCUGCCGACGAAACUUUGUAAUUUGUGUUUUAUUUAAAAAAAAAAAAAAGACCUUAAUUUACAGUAAAGAGCUCACCUUCCCCAAUUUCAAAUUUUGUCAAUCCAUAAAAUCGCCCGCCCAACUCACAUCCACAAUCAGAUCCUCCUCCAUCGACUAAUUUUCAAUUUCUUGUGCCCUUUUACUUCUCUCUUUGGUUCUGGUUCUGGUUCUGGUUCAAGGUCUCUAAACAAUUGGAAACUAAUCUUCAAUUCCUAUUUUUUGAUGGCAAACCCCGAUUCUACUCUACCUGUUCCUGCUUCUGCUGCUUCUCCACUCUCUGCAAAGAAGGAGAAUGUGGUGCCGGCUAGCUCCAAAAUUAAGGAAUUGACUGAGUCAAGGCAAGAGCUGCUCACUAGGAUUCAGAGCUUGAAAACAGAUCUUCAAAGCUGGAGAUAUAAGUUGGAUGGCCAAGUAAAGGUCUAUCGAGAUGAACUGUCGGAUCUCAAGAAAUCAUUGAAUGUUGAAGUGGAGCAACUUAGAUCUGAAUUUCAAGAGUUAAAAACAACUCUUCAGCAACAGCAGGAAGAUGUUACCAACAGCUUAAGAAACUUAGGGCUUCAGGAUGCCUCCGAAGAAACGAAAGAGGCUGAAGAUGUCAAGCCUGAUAACAAUGAAGAAGAUACAGCUCAGGAUUUGCCAAAGGACAAUGGUAAAGACACCGAGGAGUAGGCUGAGUUACGUGCAUCCUUUCCCUAAACGUUUCUCAUCUUCUUCGAUGAAAUAUCGUUGGGCAUGUGCUAGGUUGAGAAGUGUUCUCUUAUUCUCAUUUAUGAUGAGAUCAAGUCUGUGAUUGAAUUAGCUCAAGUCUUUCCUCCCAGUUAUUAGUUCAAUGAUAUUAGUUGUACUGCUAUUGACUUACAAUUUUCAUGAGGGGUAAUCUGAUGGAUAAUUUAAUUUAUUUAUUACACGAAAGUCACUAAACUAUAGGUUCUUGUAAUUUAGAAGUUAUUAAAUAAGGGAAGUAUCAAACUUAGACGUUUGAAUGGGAACUUU